GUAAGAAAAGUACAGAGAGAGAAAAGAACGAGGGGGAAGAGAGGAAAAUUGUGAACAAUAAAGCAAAAAUAAUGUGGAGGGUUGAACAGGUAAAACACACACUAACUACAUCACUUCUGUCUAGUUUAUUUGGUGGUAGCAAAAUAAGCACAGAACAAAACAAAAGAGGAACAUGUUAUUGCAAAGUUGGAGCUGCCCAUCUGCUGCUUCUUUAAGGUUCCCUAACAGACAUAAUACUUCAAUUUACAACAACCAAACUACCAAAAUCCUAGUAUUUCCAUGUCUUAGAAAACCUUUGCCUAAGUUGUUGUGUCUUCGUGGGUUUGCUAUAGAUGACAUUACUGAUGUUAUCCAUAACAAGGUUUUGGUCGCAGCAGCUGUAUCUGCAGCAAUUGGUCAGCUGAUGAAACCUUUUACUUCGUCUCUAUUUUAUGGCAACGAGUUCAAUUUCAAGACUGCCUUUCAGGCUGGGGGUUUCCCUUCCACACACUCAUCUGCGGUAGUCGCCACGGCCACCGCCCUUGGCUUGGAAAGGGGGUUUUCUGAUUCGAUUUUCGGUUUAGCAGUGGUUUACGCCAGCCUUGUGAUGUACGAUGCACAGGGAGUCCGUAGGGAAGUAGGCAUUCAUGCAAAAGUGUUCAAUAAAGCUUUGUACAGAAAUCAAAUAAACUCAGUUCCAUCUACUAACGAACUUGAUGGUUUGACGGAUUCUAUACAAGAGAAAUUAUCCACAGGCAUAGAGAGCACUGAUCCUCAAUUAUCAGAGGAAUCAAGUCUGUUUCAACAGAGGUCAAAGAAUGCUACUAUAUUACUUAAACCUGAUGAGAGAAGUGCUUCAUCGUCUAGUUUUGCUCCGUUGAAAGAACAGGUUGGUCAUACAGAGGUUGAAGUCAUUGCUGGUGCAUUGCUUGGAUUCUUUGUAAGCUUGGCAGUAAGUUUAACGUGACCUCCUCAGUCCUUAGUGUAUACUUCACGUUAUUUUUGGCCUAUGAGGUACCAUAGAAAAUCUGUACUCGCGUUAUUUUUUGGCCUAUGAAAUACCACAGAAAAUCUGUAUACGACGUAAUUACAAUGUAAAAUGCAACUAAAAUCCUUCUAUAAAUUGAGAUGUCAAGAAAAUUUUCAUUA